AUGUCGUCCCAUCUGGUUCGCAAUCCAGGUAUUCCACUGGAUUUAGAAUGGGUAAGCAAGACAAGAAUCAAUCUUCCUGCUGUGAAACGACGCGCAGAUACGUUAAAAACCCGGCGAUCAAUUAAAAAGCAGUGGCAAGCGGCUUGGCUUCUCCGUGCAGUGACCUGCAUAGACCUCACUACUCUCUCAGGGGAUGACACAGCUACAAAUGUAGCGCGUCUGUGUUUCAAAGCUCAGAAUCCUGUUCGACAGGACUUGUUAGAGAGCAUGGGGAUGGCGGACAAGGGGAUAACUACGGGUGCCGUUUGUGUUUACUCGUCCCGUGUUCCAGACGCAGUCAAAACUCUGAAGGAUAUCAAGUCCAAAGUUCCUGUAGCUUCAGUGGCCGCAGGAUUCCCAGCAGGUAGAAAUUACAAUUCUUAAAGGGGUGGGUUGGGGGUGUGUGCUGGGUGAGUCCUUAGUCCUGUUUCCUCCUUCAAUGGUCCACUUUCAAUAGAUUAAAAUUCUAACAUGAAUCCGAGGCUUUCUGGUCAUUUUUCUAAAUUAGGUUUAGUUUUCUUUGUGCUCAAGCCUCUUCUGGGAAUUGCGAGACAAUGGAGUCGUGCAAAAUUUCCAAUUUUGUCUCUAAAGCCAGGGAGUCAUGUUAGACUUUCAAUAUACCGAACUAUUACAGAGCUGAUACAGGACAAAAACAGUGAAUAUUUUAUUACGUGCUACCACCCACGGGACACUCACUAUUGUUACAGUCUUGGUCUUGUGUGCUAGUGGAUAGCCGAUUUCAAUCAAGUCCCUCAUACAGUCCUCUAUGACUGGUGUAUAGUUAUAACUAAAUUUUGACCCUGCUUGCCAUAGAACCUCCAGUAGCUCAGUGGUUGGAGCAUGCAAACCAGAACUUAAAGGGUUGUGAGUUCAAUUCUUUUCUGGAGCUCAGAAUUUUUUCUGUGCUUUCUGCUAUUAGAAUUCUCCUUCUUCCAAAUUUCUUGACCUAGUAAAAUAGUUCAGUGUAAUACUGAGAAAGGACAAAAUCACUAACAAUUCCAAAUUUCAUUUCCUCUCCAAAAUCAAAUAACUCCGUGUUUUCGAUAUCAGUUACAUAUUGUGGUUGACCUUGAUCAAACAAGGAUGAUGCACAUGCACAUAUUAUGAGACAAUUCAAACUGGUGCCAAAAAUGCAGAUGAAAGAUGAAAACCCAGCAAUUACAUCGUACCAUCGGAUUCCCAGGUUAGGAAUUGCAUUCCCCUAAUGAAUACUAUCAAUGUAAAUCCUGAAUUAUGUGUAGCCUCAAAGUGUGCGUAUCAGGCAACCUUUUAUAAAGGAGAAGUACAGAAAACUGAACAAUGUCGUGAAAAGAGAAUGUAACUUAGUUCGAUGGACGUAUAUCAACAAUAUGGCCUCUGAUAUUGCAGUUUCUGGUAAUUCCAAGCCUUUCUGGAAUUAUAUUAAAAGCAAAUGUAAUGGUACGAAUACUCUGGUAUCUUUAAAGGUUGGUGACAAAGAACUCAUUGAAAAUGACAGUAUUGCUAGUAGUUUUAAUUCCUAUUUUUCAUCUGUUUUUACUUCUGAGGACUUUUCCAACUUGCCUUCUUUAGAGCCUUUAGUUUGUGAGAAACUUAAUUAUAUAUCUUGUACUACUGAGGAAAUUUUAAAGCAUCUUAAGUCUCUUAAAACGAACAAGUCCCCGGGUCCAGAUAGAAUUUCAUCAGUAAUUUUAAAAUCAUGUGCGUUCGAAUUGGCACCCUCGAUCUCAUUUCUGGUUAACAAAUCUUUCCUGCUGGGCCAUUUGCCCGAAGACUGGAGAUCAGCUGACAUUGUCCCACUUCAUAAGAAAGGUUCUAAACACUUGAGGGAGAAUUAUCAUCCAAUUUUGCUUACAUCCAUGAUAUGCAAAAUCAGCGAAAAAAUUGUACGCGAUAGGUUAAUGUCAUUUUGGCAAGACCAAAACGUGAUAAACAAAAACCAAUUUGGUUUUUUGCAGGGUAGGUCUACUGUGACCCAAUUACUCUCUACUUUUCAUGACUUCGCCAAAUCUAGGAAAUCAUCUGUAGCAAUGGAUGUUGUAUUUCUUGAUCUCGCAAAGGCUUUUGAUAGUGUUCCUCAUGAGCGUCUACUCAUAAAGUUAUAUAGCCUCGGUAUUGAGAGCAAACUUCUUAACCGGUUGAGGCAUUUCCUCACGUGUAGAAAGCAACGAGUUGUUGUAAGAGGGACUUUUUCUGAUUGGGCACCUGUGAUAUCUGGUACCCCACAGGGAACUAUUCUUGGUCCAAUUUUAUUCCUAGCAUAUAUAAAUGAUAUCGUUGAUAGUGUCUCUUCAAAAAUUAAAUUAUUUGCGGAUGACACAAAGAUUUACAGAGAGCUUCGCAACCCUAGUCUCGAUGAACAAUACCUUCAAACUGAUUUGAAUAAUCUUGGUAAAUGGGCGAAAAAGUGGCAACUUCGUUUCAAUGAGGAAAAGUGUGAAGUAAUGUGAAUAACGCAUUCUCGUGAUAAAUCGACUACGAAUUAUAAACUAGGUACGGCCUUAAAAGAUGUCAAGAGCUUUAAAGAUCUUGGAAUUAUUAUAUCAAAAGAUCUUACUUGGAGUGAACAUAUUAGUACUAUGGUGAAUAAUGCGAACCAAGUCCUAGGGCUAAUAAGACGGUCUGUUGGAACAGCUAAUACAACAACUUUUUCAUUGCUUUACAAAACAUUGGUCAGACCACUUCUAGAGUAUGCUGCUCCAGUCUGGAACCCAUAUCUUGUCAAAGAUAUUCAUGCAAUAGAGAGCGUCCAAAGACGCGUGUCAAGAUUGGCUCUUAGGCAAAAAAGAGGUGAUAUGUCUUAUGAAGAGCGUUGUGACACGUUACAUUGGCCAUCUUUGUCCAGUCGUAGGACAUAUUCCUCUCUUGUUGAAUGUUAUAAGAUCGAGUUUGGCUUAUCACACUUGGAUUUUGAGGAAUUCUUUCAAUUCGCAAAAGUCAAAUCCACUAGGGCAAAUCACUCAUAUAAGCUUUAUUGUAAAUUAUCUAGAAUCAACUGUUUUAAAUAUUCUUUUUUUAACAAUGUAAUUAGUUAUUGGAACAAUUUACCUAGUAAUGUUGUUGAAGCCAGUACCCUCGAACUUUUUAAAUGUAAACUCAAAUCCUUUUUAAAGUUGUAAUUUUUAUUGUUUGUUUGUUGUUUUUAGGAGAGUUUUAUUCAUAGGGUUAACCUCUAGACUCUCCCUUUCAAAUUUAUGUAGUUAUAUAUGAGUUUGAAUAAACGUGUAUGUUAUGUUAUGUUAUGUUAUGUUAAGUUCUAUGACAAGUAAUGAGUACAUGUACAAUAUAUAUUUAGAGGAUUUUCUUUUUGUAACGGACAUGCCAUGGAACUUUUUUGCUCACUUUUGUUUUUGUUUUUUUGUUUUCUUUCUUUUCUGGCCAACAAUACCUGCUUGAAAACAAACCUUUUCAAAACCUCUCUGUGUAGAGUGUAGCAUUAUACAUGUAAAAUAAAUUGACUAACAGUAUUUAAUUACAUUUUGAUUCUAAUGAACUGGUAUAAGGGAAAUACCAGUACUCAAAUGGGCAGGUAUCAAAGGUUUUCCAAUGAACAGUUCUGUUUAAAUUAACCCAAUCAUUGUCCCCUCUAUAACACUUGUGACAUCAUCAGUUUUAAAGGUCAAGGACAACUUUGUCAUCUAACUUGUGCUGUGGAACAAGGUCUUUUAAACCAAGCAGCCAGAAUGACCACAAUUCAGUCAAGGUGGAGACCAGAUAAAAAGGCAAAAAACCAUCUAACAUUGACUUGGAAAAUUCCCACAAAAAUCUUUUUGCAAUACCCACCUACACUUCAUUCUAUCUCAUUCUAAGAUCCUAAAAGCUUUCUCAAAAACCUUUCCUACCAAAAUGAAGCCUAGGAAAUGCCCAGCAAAAGAAAAAAUGGGUCAAGAAAAGCAAAAGAACAAGAGAGGAGAUAGUCUCCUUUGCAGCCUUUUUCAGGGUCAUCACACAAUGCUCCUAGCAUAAUUGCAUGACAACCCUAAAAAUGGCCGCAAAGGAGACUAUGGAGGAGAGAAAGUGAUAAGUGAAAGUCAAGACUGCUAAGUCACUUUUAAACCCAAAAACUACAUUACACAAAAUUGUGCUUUCUGAACAUGCCCAAACUUUGGAAGCUGAUAUUUUACAUCUACAAGAGAAGGCCACAAAGCACUUGACUGACAUGUAUAAAUGGCAUUUUGGACUGUAACAGCUCAUUAAAGCCAGGCAGUGACCAGAAGUUACAUGUAAUUCUCGAUUAUCUUCAAAGGCGAUUAUUGAUGAUGACACCCCACCAUGAGAACAAGAGAAGUAGGCACACUGGGAAUUAUUAAAAACUGAGCCGUUAAUACAAGUUUCAUGACUUUCAUUUCAAUGUGUUAAUUAUGAAUUAUUGUGUAUAAAAAAAAAUUAUAAUUUUAGGUCAGACCCCAAUAAAGCAAAGACUGGAGGAAAUAGAAAUUGCAGUGGCCUCAGGUGCAACAGAAAUUGACAUAGUAAUCAGCAGAGCAUUUGUACUGGAGGGAAACUGGGAGGCACUUUAUAAUGAAGUAAAAGCCAUGCGAAAGGCCUGUGGAGACGCCCAUUUGAAAACUAUUAUUGCAACAGGUACGGUGGGUGUAUAAUAUUUAUAAAUUACGUUUGUUAAAUCCCCUCACUGCAAUUUCUUUGUUCGUGCUUGAUUAAAUAAGUAAAAUAAUGCCUGAGAUGUCUGUCCAUGGUGCAAGUGCUACACUUUUAACAUACUGGUAAUUCUUUUUUUCAGGUGAACUUGGCUCUCUAACAAAUGUAUACAAAGCCAGUCUGGUUUGCAUGAUGGCUGGAUCAGAUUUCAUCAAAACAUCAACUGGAAAAGAAGCAGUUAAUGCAACUUUUCCUGUUGCAUUAGUCAUGGUGCGAGCAGUCAGGGAUUAUUAUCAGGUAUAUUUCACCUUCCUUAAUUUCAGCUACAACUGUUAAUUAUGGUCUGUAUGUGAUUCCUUUAAUUGUAAAAAUUCUUUUAUUGACCAAGCUUGUUCAGUUGUCUUGGACAGGGGUGUCAUUAAGGUUUUAAGUUGUUUGGUAUUAUUAUCAUGCAAUUAGUAGGAGACUCUAUACUAACCAUAGGAAAUCCUGGGCUCCUGUAAAGGGUGGGGGGGGGGGGAGGGGGUACUCAACAAAGUUUUAUGCAGGGGAACUCUGUCCUGAGGUCCAACCCCUCAAUGCACCAUUUUUGGCAGUUAAUAUACUCUUCUCAGGCGGAACCUCCCCAUAUAGGCCAUUAUAGGGAGUAUCCUUAAGGGCCUCUGAUCCUCAGUAACAGCCCUGCCUGGAUAUUGCUCUCUAUAGCUUUUAAUGGGACUACACAUGCUCUCAGUCCUUAAAAACUUGGUGAGUAUCAUGACUAACCACCUUGCAUCUUGACCUAAUGCUUGAUAAGUACAGUUGUAAUGCAAUUUUGAUGUAUAUUAUUUUACUUCAAGCCAAAAUUAAAUUCAGUAUAAAUUUUUUCAAUAUAGGUUGAUUCUCAAUUCCUUUGUCUCCCAGCCCUAAUUCAUGAAUAAUUAGGGUCAGGCAACAAAGGGAAUUGAGAAUCAAUCUAGCUUAAGAGGUGUUAACCAGAAUUAUUUAAUUUUUACCUGUAACACAUACUUUAAUAUUGUUUCAAGUAUCAAUAAUUCACAUGACUUGUAUUAAUACAUGUACUUAGAGUCUGGUAUCUGUCUGCUAACCAAAACCCCUUUGAUUUGUUUGUUCCUCAACAAGAUGUUUUAAUGUUUUUUCUUUGAAGAUUUUAUUACAGUAGUACAUGGUUCACUUUCAUGUACUAAGUCAGUGAAUGUGUUCCUUGUAAAUAUGUUCCCUUGAAAGGUUUUCAUAAGUAAUGUAUAGUAUUAUUAUGUAUUUUUAUGAAUCUGUCACACGAUCACUUCUGGUUACCAGUAAUUUGCCUUUCCUUUCAGCAAACAGGUCACAAAGUAGGCUUCAAGCCUGCUGGUGGAAUACGUAGUUCUAAAGAUGCAUUGACGUGGCUUUCUUUGAUGAAGGAAGAACUCGGAGAUGAGUGGACACAUCCUAACUUGUUUAGGAUUGGAGCCAGCUCUCUGCUUGGUGACAUAGAAAGACAGCUCUUCCACUUUGUAACAGGGAGGUAAGUGAGGAAAUAAAAGAUAUUAAUACAUUUUAAUACGUAGCCUUCUAAGUGAGGUGUGCUCUGUAGGUGACCUUACUGUACUUAGUCUUGACCAAAGGAUGAAGUUUAAGUUCUAUGUACUAGCCCAAAAACUUGAUGUGACUAUAUGAAAGCCUCUGCUGCAAUAGGUCCAACACAAUACAGUGUGCCAGUGGGUUUACCAGCAGUCAUGUGUACAUGGUAAUGAAGUGAUAAUAGCAACUAUAGAGGCCUUCCAAGAGGUGGGGGGUGGGUAUGUAACAGUUGUUAUUGAUUUCUCCCUCUAGGGACCAUUCUUGAAAAUCACCACAACAGAAAACGUUUCAAAGUAAAUUUUCACAUCUGAUAGAAGAACCUACAGAGUAGAGGCUCAUUUAGGGUGGCAACAUGUGUCCCUGGUCUGAAUUUUCAACCCCUUCAUUUCACAUUAUUUAGCCGAGAGCCAUGUCUCUAUCCAUUGUAUUCAUGCUUGUCUUCAUCACUGUUGCAGUUUCAGUCCAUGUUGGUGGCAGUUGUUUGUGGUUGUUUCACCCGAGUGUCUUAAUGUCACUGUUUAAUGUCCUGUCACCUGUUGGAAUUUACUGUAACAGGUCCUCAGUGUAUGUAGCUUCCCACAUGAGGAGCCAAUUAAUCCAGCACAUUAAUUAUUUUGUAGACGGUUUUAUCCCCUUUGUGUAGGAAGCUACUGCCAUGACAUACUGGUAGUCAAACCAUCCAUUGUAUUUUAUGAUUUAUAAACUAAUUUCUGUCUGGUCAUUUAAUUUUUCUAGAUAUGCUGCACAACAUGAAAUGGCCAUGGCUUGAUCACAGAUCUGACAACAGGUCAAUGACAAAAACUUACUUGUAUCAAAAAAUAAUGACAAAAUUUACCCUGAUUUGGGCCCAGGUUUAUUCUAGAACAAAAAGACAAUGUGAUUGUUUUCCACUGGUCUCCACGUGGGCCUUGAACUGAAGAGAAAAAUAAUUCAUGGGCCAACAUUUUUACAUCUAUCUAGUAAUAAUACGUGUCAAUAACACUACGCAAUGAAUUUACACUGUAAAAGUCUCAGGACUACUUCUACAUACGGUCAUCAAAAUGCACAUCUCUUUGCACUUACAUGUACAUUACAUACUGCAGCUUUGAACAAUAUACACUGUACAUGGAUGUAAGGUCCAAAGCCAGAGAAAAUGCCUAUAAAAGUACUUUUAAUUCUUUUAAUUCAAGUUAUCUGUGUCUGUGUUUGGGCUUUUUUGUCUGCCCUGUGGGAUGCUGGGGUCAGGUUAUUAAUUCUGGCAGCUGGUCAAUAAUAAACAGUGUACUGAUUUACUGAGAACUUCGCAAUCAUCUUGAACUACUUAUCUCAAAACAAAAGGAAACUUUUGUUGAUUUGGUCUAAUUUGACAGCUAGAGUACCAUUUGCCUUCCUUUUCAUUAUUGUCUUCGCUUUUUUAACCUUCAAAAUAAUGUUGAAAAAAAUAUAAUUUAUUGUGGAGGGUUUGGGGUUCUUAAAUGCAUAGCCUGUGCUUGCAUGAUUCAUGGGAAUUGCUUCAGUCAGGGGCACCCAACGACAAUUUUUGGAAAAUAUCUGUUUGGAAGAUGAUUCGAGAUCUAGAAUUUUCGGAACAUUUGUUGUAAAAUUUUUUGCUUGCCUGCCUCUCCUAGGAUUUUCGAACAUCUCAAAAAUGGUAUAAUUGCCGAUUUUUAACGGAUUUUUACCCUAAAAAGGUCACCUAGAAUUUUCGGGAGGCUUUUUUCUGGCUGAAAUUUUCGAAAAGGUAAGUUUUGAUCCCUAUAAUUUUCGGAUCACCAGACUUUCAGCUAGGAAAUCCGAACAGAUGAAAAAUUUUUAGGGGAUGAAAAUAUGCCUAUAUCUGCCUUUUAAAUACUAAAAUACGUUCAACAAUGCUAUGUUUAAGUGGUUUUAAACUAUAUUCUCGUUGGGUGCCCCUGUUCAGUACGGGGUAUCAAAUUUAUGUAAUUAUGAAUGGCCGUUGUUUUGAGGUGACCAUUCAAUCUUUUGAUACAGUAGAGACCUUGGGUAGAGAUAAUUAUUGUGUGACACCAAUUAUUUUUGAAAGUCAGAACAUUCUUAUUUUAAAAAAAGAGGUUUAUCAUAGCAUGAGAGUGCAUGUCAGAGAGUCAAAUUUUGUCAACAAAACAGACACCAAAAAUUUCGGGACAAAAAUUAUAACAAAAAGAAGUGAGGUAAAGUCUACAACAUUUUGUACAACAUUAAUUUGCUUAAAGUGACAGCUGUGGAGUGGAGAGGUUAUUUUGGCAGUGCUAGAACAGCCUGGGUGGCCACUAGAGAUAGAGGUUAAAACAAGGGUAUAUAGAAUGUCUAUUGGAUCAAAAAAUGGUAACCAUUGUGGACUGUGUAGACACACAUCACCCAUUCUUUAUUCUUUACAUCUGCUUAGAAAGCGGAGAUCGUCUAAAAGCUCUACAGAACUUGCUUGAUCUCCAG